AUGACGCCGCGAACUCCGGGUCGACCUGGAAUCGACCGCUUUCUUUUCUGUUUUCAGAUUUCAGCCUUCCAACACUUCGAACACUGCGGCGCACUAUCGUCAUCCGGAAGCCAGACCACACUGGCAGGUACGUGGCCAUACCCCGACAGCACUACCCUCAGAGGACAGCCGUCCCGUUACGAAGGAGCUGGAAGUGGAGGGGAUGGAAAGGAAUGCACACCGAGCCUCUAUGAAAUAUUCACCGAACCGGUCUUGGAGCUCUGGGAUCUACCGUAUCCUCCGUGGCCGGCUUAUCUCCGCCCAGGAUCUGGUUAA